AUGUCGGGAGACAAUCACGGUGCGAACAGCGGCGCUGCCAAUGCUAGCGCUGCCAAUGCUCACAACCCCACGCACGAGUACGAGCACGAGUACGCGCCCAAGUCGCCCGACCUGUCGUCUUUUUAUUCGGCCGGCCCUGCCCCGCCCGCGUUACAACUCCAUCCUCCGAGCCAAAAUCGCGGCGAGUAUAAAUUGCAGUCUCCCACCUACGGCCACGGCGCUCCCUAUGGCUCCUCCUACGCCCCUCCCAUCUCCCCUGCCGGCCACAACCUCCACACCGACCUCACCCCUUACUCCCCCUCGACGCAGCAGCAAGCCCAUCUUCCCCGCGGCCCGCCGCAGCCGAGCGCGCUACCGUCGUACGGGCUGCAGCCGUCGCCGACGCCGAACGCUGAGCCGCAGCCGGCCCGUCCCUACCAUCCGGGCCAGUACCUGACGGGUCCAUCCCAGCAGGCCGGCGCGCCGUCGCACCAUCAGGGCUCCUUCUCGGCCUCGCCCGCGUCACCGACGAAGCGGGAUCGCGCCAUGCCUCCCCGAAGGGCCGCCGCCGCCGCCGCGCCGCCGCCGCCGGCGAUUGAGCCGUCGCCGGUCAGGACCAAGUUCCCGACGGCACGCAUCAAGCGGAUCAUGCAGGCCGACGAGGAGGUGGGCAAGGUCGCCCAGCAAACGCCCAUCGCCGUGGGCAAGGCCCUCGAGCUCUUCAUGAUCCAGCUCGUGACCAAGAGCGCCGACGUGGCCCAGGACAAGGGAUCCAAGCGGGUCACGGCCGCCAUGCUCAAGCAGGUGGUCGAGAACGACGACCAGUGGGACUUCCUCCGAGACAUCGUCAGCCGCGUGGAGAACGAGAAGGAGGGCGCCAGGGCCAGGCCCAAAGCGGAGAGCGACAGCGACGAGGAGCUGAGCGAGCCCAAGAGGCGAGGCCGCGGCGGGCGGAAGAGGAAGAUUUGA